AUGAGGGAUCUGAGUAUGGCUGUCAGGGAAUGCUCCCCUGAGAAAACGAAGGAUGAAUUUAGAAGCUUCUGUCAGCAUUCCAGCAAGGCAGCUAGUCCUGACAUCAACUUCAAGAAGCACCCAAGGGGAUGGGAGGGCGGUUGUCACUGGCUCUGCUUUCUUCCGAUAUCCCAUGAGGGCGCUCUAAGGGUGAAAUGGUGCCCUUGGCUUCACCAUGGAGACUUGAGGUUUAACAAAAUAAGAGAAAUUCCAGGGAGCAUCUUCAAGAAACUCAGAAACUUGAACACUCUUCUCCUGAGCAAUGACUAAAUAAGAAAGAUUUCCAGAAAUGCUUUUGAAGGAUUUGAAAAUUUACUGUAUCUGCAUCUGCACAAGAAUGAAAUUCAUGCACUGGAUAAGCAAACACUUAAAGGACUCGUAUCUCUGGAACAGUUGUAUAUUUAUUUCAACCAAUUAGAAGCGUUACAGCCAGAGACCUUUGGAGACCUUCUGAAAUUAGAGCGACUAUUUUUGCAUAACAACAAAUCAUCUAAAUUCCUGACUGGGAGCUUUUCUCAUCUGAAUUCGUUAAAAGGUCUCCAGUCAUUGGAUUUGGAAGAUGAUAGACUUAAUAUGUUUGAUGAUGGGCCACUCAUCAUCUGAAACACCAGAGAAAGUCAGCAAGGUGUUUUUCAGUGUAUGGCGAGAAACUCCGCUGGGGAAGUCAAGACACAAUGCUAUUCUCAGAUACUCCAAUUUUCUGGCCUUCCGACCAAAGCUAGCUUUGUGAUCCAGUCCCAGGGCACAGAGGUUUUAAUUGGCACAAGCAUAACUUGGGAAUGUAUGGCCACACACGCCCAUAUUACUUGGACCAGAGACCAUGGAGAGGAGCUGGAUGGAUCCAGGCACGCGGCACCUUCCAGUGGCCUUUACCUGUAGAACAUCACAUGGCAGGAUCACGGGCGACUGACUUGUCACGCCAGCAAUAGCCAAGGCUCUGUUCAAGUUGCAGCAAACAUCAUUGCACAGGCUCCUCUACAAUUUACAAUAAGCUCCAAGAAUCAAGUGAUGCUAGAACAAUGUGCUGUAGCGUUGCUUUGUGAAGCUGAGGGCAGCCCACCUCUGGUGAUUGUCUGGACAAAAGCAGGAGGACAGCUCCCUCUGGAAGGCCGGCAUGGGAGUCUCCCCUCUGGCCUUUUGAGAAUGGACCACACAGCACAGCACGGUCAAGGCCAAUAUGAAUGUCAAGCAGUCAGUCCACUUGGGGUGAAAAAAGCAUCUGUCCAGCCGACUAUAAAGCCCAGAGCCAAAGCUUUAUUUCCUCAACUUCCUCGGAACACAAGUGUGGAGAUUGGAAAGAAUAUAAGCAUUUCAAGUCAUGCUCAAGGAGAACCACAGCCCAUCAUUACUUGGAAUAAGGCAUGUAUGCAGAUCACUGAGAGUGGUAAAUUCCAUGUCGAUGGUGAAGACUUGCUGACCAUCUACGAUGCAGGGCAGGCUGACCAAGGAAGAGAUGAAUGUGUGACUCAGAAUUCAUUUGGUCUUGCUAUGGCCGACUUGUUUCUAACGGUUACUAGCAUACAGGGUAGACAAGCUGGUGAUGACUUUGUUGAAUCGUCCAUUCUUGAUGCUGCACAGAGGGUUAGCAGUGCAAUUAACUCCACACGAAGACAUUUUUUGUCACAAAGGCCUCACACCCCCAGUGACCGGCUGGCUCAUUACCCGUGUGACUCAUUAAUUGUGGAGAUGGCAAGAAACAGAGAGAUCGUUGAGCGCACACUGCAGCUGAUCUAGGAGCGUGUGAAGCGGGAGAUCAUUGUGGACAUGGAAGACAGAGGUCAGCAGCAAAGCCAUUCUUUGCUAAGCCUGGGAAUGAAAGUUUGUGUGCAGUUCAAGAAGUUCCCGCUUACCCUGGCCUUGUCAAGGACCCACACUGACACGUCUUUGACCUUGUCCUCUAGAAGCAUAAAAGCUGAAAGAGGGAGUUCUGACCUGGAAACAGACAACAUUCAGCACAACAAUGGAGACAUCCUUACCCAUCUGACAUCUGUCAAGUCGCAGAAGCAGAAGACAAGAGCGGCACAUGGUUCGCCUUCCAUCUCGCCCCUCCUAGCAGUUCGCCGUCCUUUGCAGGACAGACGGCACCAACAUCUUUUGGAAACAUCUUUUACUCGGCAGGAGCUCCGCGGCGAUGGGUUCCGUCGACAGGCGGGAGCAGACGAGCCUGCAAACUGCCUGUGCGACGCCUCCCACGUCUGGGACCUCAGGGACCACGUGGCGCCUCGGGGACUCCCUCCGUGCCCGGGUCCCCCCUGGAAAGCACUUGCUGCCCUCGUCGGCAGGCGGGUGCGCUCCGCCGGGGCCGCUCAGCCCAGGCCCCGGCUUCCUGGCCAGGGACCCCUCCUCGGGCCCACGGGCGGCUGGCGCCCACGGCCACGCACACCCCGUGGUUCCGCGACCACCAGAGCGUGGCGACGGCGCUGGCGCGCUCGACCCCCGUCGGGACGAAACAGCCUGUCUCAGGAAGCCGAGCUGCGGGUGCGCAUCACCGACGGCCACUGGCUGCCCCGGGGCCCGGGGGCCCCGAGGACGUCGAGGGACGGCGGGACAGAUUCGCUCCUCCCGGGGCUGUGGGGCGCGGUGGCGGCUUUGGAGCUCCUGCCGCUGUCACGGGCAGGACUGGAGCCCACGAGGAACACGCAGGACACCCCUCUCAGCUUCGCAGCUCUGGGCCGGCCGAGCUCGGCUCUCCACCUGCCGUGCUGGGGCCCUGGCUUGGCUGCCCCUUGCGCGCAGAGGGGCCGGGACCCCGCGACUCCGCCCGAAGUUGACUUCAGAGUUUUCUGUCGCCUGACUUCUGAAGCUGAGAACCUUGAGGGGCUUCAGAAUGAGACGACAGCGUCUGAGCUUAGACACAGCCGUCAAAGCAAGCACGCCGAUCAGGAGAGUGACCUCAGGGAUCUCUGGAGACUCUUCCACGAAACGGUAACUGGCAGGAAUAGGCAAGCAGCGAAGAAUUCCACUGUUACCAGAGCCAUCCAGCUGCUGUUUAAUAGCACGUUUUUGAUGUCUAGUAAAAUGUACUUACAGUUAUCCCAGUGGGUUGAUACCAACCGCUGGAGUUCAGGCAGUCCUGACUGUUGCACCAAUGAAAGGGUCAGCUCGGGUAAGGUGGGCCAGAGCCAAUGCCGGGGCUGCAAAGCAGUAAUUAAAGGAAACAGGGAUACAAUUGGGAUGGGCUCUUGGUUCCAUGGAUUUGUUUCUGGGCCUUACCCAUCCAGAUUCCCUGCCAGGCAUCCCCAACAGGUUCAAAGGCAUCAGUACAAAGGAUGUGAGUCACCAGGGAGAGAGCGUCCUCCUGUCCCUGUGCCCACUGGAGUUCGCGGGACACUAUGCUCCACAAUGUCUUGGAAGACCUGGUACCAGGACUUUUGGCAAUCGGAAUGCUGUGAGCUAGCUCCCAAGAUGGGGCUGGGAAAAGCCCGACAGACCCAGAAAGUCAUCCGAACCAAAGCCAGGGGGACCCAGGAGCACCCAUCCAAAUAUGUGGAUUGCGAGCACAGUGAUAAUAUCUACUUUUCCUUUUGUGUGGAUAAACUAAAACAAGGCUUGGUACUCAUUCAUAAAAGGAGUAUUUUCAAUGUCACUUCCAGCCCCAAGCAUGCACAGCCUGCCUGUCUCUGUUUCAGGCUGCAUGACACUCCAGGAGACACUGACCUGUGGCCCACCCUUAUGGUUGAAGACCUGAUCCCUGGUACAAGAGCAGGGCAUGACGGUGCAUGUGCCUCCCGGGACAGGAGAUGGGACCCAGCUGAGCACAGGGAGAGAGAGAUGGCAUGGCGGGGUGUGGGCCCGGAUGACCAGAGCCGUGCCCUGCAAGGAAGCAGUGACUCAGACGAAGCAAUGACUCGUAGUCGAAGCCUAUACUGUACGAGUGGGGGACACUUCAGAGUAACCACACAAGAAUCUAGAAAGAAACGCUCUGCUCAAUACAGCUAUUCCAGCAAGAAAAAUGUGGACCUAAGUGAUCUAAGGAGUAGGCAACACAGUAACUUGUAUGUGGGUGAAGAUGCUGAAAAUGAGACAUUACUGGUGAAAACCAAGUUUGCCCAGGAUUUUGGCAAUUUUGCAGUAGAAAUUCAAAAACCCAUCAGAGCUCACAGAGAGCAGAUAAACAAGCUGGAGGCACGCCUGAGGCAGGCCGGAUACACAGAUGAUAAAGGGAUUCAAAGGAAGGAUGAGGAGUGCUGAAUGAAAGAAGACUGCGUUAACUGUGUCUGUGAGAGAGGCCAGGUCACCUGGAUAGCGGAUUGUCCCCCAGCUCUGUGUUCCCGUCCUAAAUUGAUGAAAUGAAGCCAUUGUCCAGUUUGCAGUGAUCGGGGAAUGCCAGCCAAUCCCCCAGAGAAACGCUGA